AUGAAGGGAUUCCAAGUCCUCAGGCUUGUGGUGGCGAUUCUCGUCAUCAGCUCUAGUCUGUCACUCGCUAGAGUUCUCGACGAUGGGAUUUCCAAUCAGAAGUUCAAGUUGCCUACAUUGCCGAGCUGCCCACCUCCUCCCGAAUCCCCAGUCUACGAGUCUCCUCCCUACGCCUCUCCUUCUCCAGUUUACGAGUCGCCGCCUUACUCCCCCUCCCCUGUCUAUGAGUCUCCUCCAUCACCCACUUACUCUCCUUCUCCAGUUUAUAAGUCUCCUACUUACAGCCCUUCUCCAGUUUACAAGUCUCCACCAUCGCCCUCAUACAGCCCAUCUCCAGUCUACAAGUCUCCUCCAGCUGGAGGUUACUAG